AAGAGUAUCCUUCCUUACUUACCUUGACAACCUUGCAACCCGUUCAUGCUAAUAACCCACAACACACAAGGGACAUGGCUUCCCGCCCAUACCAUCCCUUCCUUGUGAUCCGGACAUGCAUCAGCACGAACCAAAAAACCCAACCCCUACACGCCCACAUCCCAUAAAUAUACGCCUCCGUUCAUGCAUUUUCAAAUCCAAAGUUCAGCCCUGCCAUGGAAUCAGCAACUCUUUCACGUCUUCUUCCUCCUCCGAUUCCCCUGCGUCGAAACGGCGCGAGCAUUCUUCCAGGGGAUCAUGGUGGCCGGAGCAGGCCAGGCUGUUCUUCUUCUUCUUCCAGGACAUGGAGCAGCAGGAGCGCUGCGGCGAGGCGGAGGAGCGGCAGCAGGCUGAGUGUAAAGGCUCUUUUCGGCGACGAUGGAGGAGACGGGUUCCGGGCAGUCAUGAGGAUCGUGAAGCUCAACUCAGCCAUCCAGAACCGGAGCAUCAAGGAGCUGCUGGAGCUUAUCGCCGAAGAGUACCUGUAUUUCUUCAGUAAACUUCCACCCGUCAGUGUUUCCGAGAUCAGCAAGAAUAUGAUGCUACUCAUCCACGAGAUGAUGCUCCGGCACCAGGUCUCGUUCGUGCUCAAGCCCAGGGAGGAUCAAGGCUUCGACUUGGGCAUCAAAUGGUCUCUAGAAUGGAAGGGUGUGAAGCUGCCUUGGGACGUGGACUGCAACGUCUCUACGACUCACGUCUACAGAGGCAUGUUGCUCAUCAGCCAAGUAAACAAGACCUGCGUGCCACUCCUGCAGAGGAUUCUUCAGAUCAUUCACCAGAAUUUGGACGCAGUAAUUUUGAUCGUCACGAACAAGAUCCUACCGGAAGGGGCACUCAAUGAGAACGAGAGAAGCACUAUUAUUGCCUGUGCCAUCAUUGGUCUGGUGGUCAUGGUUCUCUUCUACGCCAUGUUCAAGAACAUGUAGGUUCGUUACGGCAGCAACAUCACAAUCAUAUUCUGAAGAAAAUUCUGAUGUACAGAAACAAGAAUCUGUUGUGCAUGAUCAGCACUGGAUGCUAAUGAUGAUGCAACAUUUCCAUUAUCCAUGAAUAGUGAAUGCGUAGAAGCAA